UUUGAUCCCAAAAUGGGUUCAUUUGUUAAGUUUCGACUUUCUUUAAAUAUUAUUCGAUUGUAAAAAAACUUUUUUCCAGACACUAAGCACAACUACGAAACAUUCAACAAUUUGUUUUACCCAAAAAAUUUGAAGAAACGAAUGGCUUCUUCAAAUGAGACUGACGAAAAUACUGUACAAUUAAUUGAAGAGGGAUAUAAAAAACUUAAGGAAAAUAACAAUUUUAAUUCUCUUUUAAAAAAAUAUUUUACUGAAAAUUUAAAAGAAAAAUUAAAAUAUAAAAAGACAAAACUUGGGGCAACUUUAUUUGAUGUUAUUCGUUUUGGUAAGGUUGAGGGAGGGGGAAGGGAUAUUUGUCAUACUAAUUCUAGGAAAUAACUUGGUUGACUGGUACACACGAGAGAUAUCCCUGGUUGAGAAAAAAGUCGGGUCGGGUUUUAGAAUUUUUCUCGGGUCGGGUUUCGGGUCUAAAAAAGUCCGGGUUUUGUGCAUCGGGUUUUUGGGUAACCGUUGACAUCUUUGGCUGACACUAAAUUUGAGGAUUCGAAAAACCGGAUAUCCAGAAAUUUUAG